UUCCACGGAUAUAUACGUAAGAGAAGUCAAACGGCAGCAAACCUAGUUAUAUAUAUAAGCAUGGCAACGUUUCCGACAAGUCAUCUGUCCUGUGUCUUUUUUUUUUUAGAUUUUGAGUUACAUCCUCUGUUCUUUUUGCUGUCCGUUUCCGUUGUUGUGAAUCUGAAUCUGUGAAUCCAUGAUCCCAAUCUACAUAGCAUUCUUCAACCUCUGAAUCGUCACCAGAGACUCGAGCAGAAAUGGUGUCCAGCGGCGGAGAAGAUGGAGUCGUACGGAGGAGAGGGUGCUCGUGCACAAAAGACGAUUUUCUCCCCGAGGAGUCGUUUCAGAGCAUGGGCAAUUACGUAAAAGCGUUGAAGGAGAUCCCGGCAAGGCUCAAGGACCGAGUCAUGACCCGGUCGGUGGACGCGGCGGAGAUCCACGAGAUUAGGGCGCGAAGCGGGCAUGAGAUGAAGAGGAACCUGACGUGGUGGGACCUGAUGUGGUUCGGGAUAGGGGCUGUGAUCGGCGCCGGAAUAUUCGUUCUGACGGGGCUCGAGGCCAGGGACCACGCCGGACCGGCCGUCGUUUUGUCGUACGUCGUCUCCGGCGUCUCGGCCAUGCUCUCCGUCUUCUGUUACACGGAGUUCGCCGUCGAGAUCCCCGUUGCAGGCGGAUCAUUCGCGUACCUGAGAGUAGAGCUCGGCGACUUCGUGGCCUUCAUCGCCGCCGGGAACAUCAUACUGGAAUACGUAGUCGGUGGCGCCGCGGUGGCUCGGUCGUGGACCUCUUACUUCGCCACUCUCUGCAACCACAAGCCCGACGACUUCCGCCUCAUCGCGCGGUGUCUCGGCGAGGACUACGGCCACUUGGACCCAAUCGCCGUCGCCGUCUGCGCCGUCAUUUGCAUAUUCGCCGUCUUCAGCACAAAGGGUUCUUCCCGUCUCAACUACGUCGCCUCCAUCAUCCACAUUGCCGUCAUCGUGUUCAUCGUUAUCGCCGGUCUGACGAAGGCAAACCCUAAAAACUACCAAGACUUCGCUCCUUACGGAACGCGGGGAGUGUUCAAGGCCGCGGCCGUGCUGUUCUUUGCCUAUAUCGGGUUCGAUGCCGUCUCGACCAUGGCUGAGGAGACCAAGAACCCAGGGAAAAACAUACCCAUCGGUCUUGUCGGGUCUAUGAUCAUUACAACCGCCUGUUACUGUCUCAUGGCCGUUGCCUUGUGUCUGAUGCAACCAUACGAUCAGAUCGAUCCCGACGCUCCGUUUUCGGUCGCGUUCUCGGCCAUCGGGUGGGACUGGGCCAAGUACAUUGUGGCCGCGGGGGCUCUCAAGGGUAUGACGACGGUUCUGUUGGUCGGAGCCGUGGGUCAGGCUCGGUACUUGACCCACAUCGCUCGUACCCAUAUGAUGCCUCCAUGGCUCGCUAACGUCAGUGCCAAGACCGGGACGCCUAUCAACGCCACCAUUGUCAUGCUCGCCGCUACAGCACUCAUCGCUUUUUUCACCAAACUCAACAUUCUAGCCGAUCUUUUGUCGGUCUCGACAUUGUUCAUCUUCAUGCUCGUGGCCGUCGGUCUUCUCGUCCGGAGAUACUACGUGAGCGGGGAGACAACCUCGACGAAUCAGAUCAAGUUCCUCGUCCUUCUCGCCCUGAUUCUCGCAUCAUCGGUAGGGACAUCGGUCUACUGGGCUCUCACCGACAACGAAUGGAUCGGAUACUGCAUCACUGUCCCUAUAUGGUUCCUGUCUACCUUGGGGAUGAGGUUGCUUGUUCCGCAAGCAAGAUCUCCGAAAACAUGGGGUGUCCCUCUGGUUCCAUGGCUUCCAUCCGCUUCAAUAGCCAUCAAUAUCUUCCUCCUCGGGUCGAUAGAUAAAGAUUCAUUCAUCAGGUUCGGGAUCUGGACCGCGAUUCUUCUCAUAUACUAUCUGUUGUUUGGUCUGCACGCUACGUAUGACGCAGCAAAGGCAGCUGAAUUGAACAAAGCGGAAUCGAAGUUACAGACAGCAGAAGAAGGCGGCCGUGUUGCAGCAGACAAGACUACUUCAUGAAUCGUAGAUUCUUAAUGAUAUUCUGUUUUUUUUUUAUAAAAAAAUUUAUCUCUAGUGUCCGAAAAAGCUGUAAGAUUUUUGGUUUGUUUAGCAAAAUAUUUACUUUGCCAAAAAAAAAUAUUUACUUGAAGUGCCUUGGAAA